GCUCUUCUGUCUUGUGUCCAAUGCUGAAACUGUCGCCAUGUCCAUUUGUUUUCCUUUAUUUCUUUAUCUACUGAUCUCCUGUAGGCUUAUCUCUCUUUCUUUUACCGGUCGGUGUCCAUCUUAAUAUUAUCCAUGCUGUUGAGAUUUUCUUUAUAUCUUUAGAAGGUUUUACCUAGUGAACUGCAUGGAAAACCUCCAUAUGAGGUCUUUAUUUAUAACAGUAAAUUAUCGUGUGGUGCUUGUAACUUUCUGGUAAUGUUUAUCGUCUUCAAAAUGUGCAGUAUUUUCUUUUUGACAACAUUUUUUUUGUAUUUAAUUAACUACCUAUGCGUGAAAUGUGCAUUGUGACUUUCAGUAAGUCUUUUAAUUAAGUAAAGUGAUAGUGUCUUCGCGAUUGCAAUCGAACUGUUUGUAUAGAAGAAACAAUGGUAAGUAAUAACAAAGAAACUGGUUAAUUUUAGUUUGAAUUUGAAUAGCGUUAUUCGAAUUGUGCCGAUUCCGGAUGACAUAGUAUUGUGAUGAAGAUAGACAGGUCAUCAAAACAAGAUCUUAUUUCAUUACACUUUGAACACGAGUAGUCAACUUGCAAAAGGAUCAAAUGUUUGAAGAACUUGCAAAAUGACGUUAGCAUUGUGUUUGCUGUUUCUUUAUUCUUUUGACAGCAUGCUACAACCAACCUGGGGAGCUUGGAGCGAUGCUGACGUCCAUGCAAUACGUAAAUCCAUCCUAUCAAACACAACGUAUCACAGACUGACCCGUCCCGCUGAAACUAUGACCGUCAACGUCUCGCUAAGUCUCCUGACGGUCAACUUCUUGGACGUUAGGACUCAGACCCUGUCCACAACGGGUUGGUUAACCGUGGAAUGGCAAGAUGAUCGGUUAAGUUGGAACGCUGCUACAUACCCGGAUGUAGAUCACGUGUACACGCUGGAUUCAGAAGUCUGGAAACCAGAGUUGUUCAUCGACAAUUCUGUGGCAGAUGUGUCAAUACUGCAAGACUCAAACGUCAUGUUCAAGGUUCAACGUGACGGGGUGGUAGAGUGGAAGUUGCCGCGAAUCUUCACCACUUUCUGUGACGUUGAUGUGACGUAUUACCCCUUUGACACACAGAACUGCGUCAUAGAGAUUACAAGCUGGGCAUACACCAUUGAUGAAAUCUCGUUGCGGGCCACCAGAGAUUCUGUUCACAAAGAGGACUUAAAACCGCAUGGGGAAUGGACAGUCUUGUCAUCCUCUACCGAAUUAAGAGAACUACACGAGACAAAAGUAAACGGAUACACGGAAAUAUUUUCGCAACUAGACUUUUUCAUCAAAAUGCAACGGAAGUCAAAUUACUACAUAACCAGUGUUUUACUUCCCGUUAUUCUAACAUCCUAUCUAAAUAUCUUCGUCUUUUUACUUCCGACUGACUCUGGAGAGAAGGUGGGAUUUAUUUUAACCGUGCUUUUGGCCUUGGCAGUGUUACUGACUUUAGUGAGCGAUAGCAUACCCUCAACAUCCAUCAACACCAGUGUCCUCUCUGUGUAUCUAGCUGUGACGUUGUGCCUUGGAGUUGUCUGUUGUUUCCUUACUGUUCUCGUCAUCAAGAUAAACUUUAAGGAACAAGAUACACCAAUUUCAGACGGAUGGAGGCUUAUCUAUGACAAAAUACUAUUGCCAUGUUCCUGCUGGAAUAAGCGUUUUUAUAAAUCCGCAAGGAGAAGGGAAUCCGUGAGCUCCGUGGACCUUAAGGAUGAGACUGUGGUCAUGGAGUACGAUGGCGAGAAAAACGAAUCGAGCCCUGAACCGGAACCAUCAGACAAAUUGAAAUGGACACACGUGGCCACGGUCAUGGACCACUUUUUUCUUGUUGUCAUGGGGAUCGUUACGACAAUGUCCUCAAUAACAUUUAUGAUAGCGUUAUCUGCAGGAGGAGCAUUAAAUCAGAGGUAACCAACACCAGGACUAAUUAGUGCACGUAUUUUCAACGUCAAAACAUAUAUUAUAAGGGAUGGUCGUUAUUCUGCAGACAUUGAAGUAAGAAAAAGUACAGCCGCCGCAAGAAUUGUCAAGAAACUUCCAAUUUUGGCCUUCAAAGAAUCGAUGAAUUUUGAAACGGAAUGAACAUUUUAAAAUACUUGAAAAUCUAAACUAUCGAUUAUGUAUAGAAUUCACAACAGUCCUGUACCAGUGAUACUGCUUACCUCUUUUAGAAAGAUAUCUCUCACUACAGUUUUCGUUAUGAA